AUGGAUUUCGAAAAUUUUCGUCGUACUGGUGAAUUAUCUGACAUUACAGUUAUAGUUGAUAAAACUGAAUUCAAAUUGCACAAGUUUCCAUUAUUCACAAAAAGUGAUUAUUUCAAAAAAGCGAUAGCAUCAGCAUCGGCACCGUAUGUUAUUCGACUGGAUAAUGAUCUUCCAGGUGGUGUGAAAGUUUUUGAUCAACUUGCAGAUUAUUUCUAUUCAAUUCCGAUAUCAAUCGAUCGUAAAAAUAUAGUUUCAUUACGUUCAGCGGCCUGUUUUAUCGAAUGUGAUUCAUUAAGUGUAUCUCUUGACAAACAUUUUGAUGAAAUCAUUUUGAAUUCACGAGCAAAAUAUGAUCUAAGUAUUCCGUUAGCACUACUUGGACAAUGCACAGGUGAAUAUCAAACAUGGGCUAAACAAACACAUAUGAUUGAUAGAUGUAUUGAAUGUAUCAUUCAAUUAUUAACCAUGGAUAUCGAUUUGCAAAUGGAUAAAUUUGACCGAGAAACUAUCGCUCGUCUACCACUUGAAUGGAUAAUUGAAUUAAUUAAAUCAUGUCCCACAGAAAAUCAAUACUCUAUUCUUCCUUUAGUUAAACAUUAUGUAACAAUGCAUGUACUUGAACAAAACCAACCGCAACAAAUCAUAAGUUUAUCAUCGGGGCAAAACGAAGGAGAACAUCAAAGUGCUUUUACACCUGUUACAAAAAAAGAAGAUAUACCAGAAACAACUGCUGAUGAAAAGCGAACAAUAAUCGACGAAGUUGUUGAAACAUUAGGUCAUACUCUUCAACAACUGCCAGUCAUUUGGCUUAAUUCAAUUUAUGAAAAAGCAUUAGAAUUAAAAUGUAAAAACGAAUCAACAUUGUCAUCCUACAUUAUACAAGCGAUUCUCAACUCAACGGACCUUGAUGGCAGCAUGGAAAAUAUUUCCGAUGACGUUAUGGCAAGAUUAUUAGAGCGUAUGAACAAGCAUAAGCAAGAUCAUCUUGAAGAUCCAAAUCUAUUAGAAAAAUUAUCAACAUUAAUAGAUUCCUAUGUUGAGCAACUUCGUCAACGAGGUAAACUUACAAGUGAACAAUUCGUGAAAUUAGCCUCAUGCAUACCAAAAGAAAAGCGUAACUCCUACGAUAGCCUUUUACUUGCGCUUGAUGAACUUCUGAAAAAUGAAAAAUCAACGCAAUUAAGUGAUGUUGAAAGAGAAGAAUUGCUGCGUCAAGUCGACUUUUCACGUGUUAACGAAGAAACAAUUGCAGCAUGUAAAAAUAAUACACUUAUUCCACAACAGCUCAUCACGGAUGCAGCAUUGGCUUUGUGUCUUAAACUAAGAAGACAAUUAGAAGAAACUCAAAAUCGUUUAUACUUAGUUGAAAGUGAAUUGACUAAAACUCGCGUAACUUCUCUCACCAGUUCUAAAUAUCGAUUACGUCAUUUUGAUUCAUCAUUCCGUUUUUCAUCUCGAUCUCGUACUGCCGAUACAAAUUCUUAUGAUUCACCGAGAAGUAGUUUAAGUUCUAGUUAUUUAAAAUACAAUCAUGAAACUGAUUUUGAUUAUGGAUUGCCAUCGAGAUAUCUUUCAUCAGCUUCAAAUAGUCGAUAUGGUUCUUAUUCUACUUAUCGUUAUUAA